AUGUUGUCGAGGCAUUUUGUGACAGGAGUGAACCUGUCCUCACGGGCAGUUUGCCAGCUCGCUCGUCCCCAUGCAUUGGCCUCACAAAUUCGAUUUGCAUCGCAGACUACUGUCGAAGACCCAGAGAUGAAUAACAACUACUACAACCCUCCUGCCCAGAAACGGCAAUUCCGCGACCCGUACGGCGACUGGUGGGAUAAGCAGGAUCGGAGAAACUUUGGAGAGCCCGUUCAUGAAGACAAUGAUAUCUUAACCAUAUUUUCUACCGAAAAAUAUACCCAUUUCAAACCCGCUAAAGGCUUCUUGUUGUUGGGAUGUGCUGGGGGUUCUGUCCUUCUCCUCAGCGGAGUUGUCAGCAUGUUCUACCCUGACAAACCUAGCUCACCGCGCACAUUUGAAGGUGGACUGGAAAGGGAACUUGGCGGACCCAAUGCUGUUCGGGCUCGUGCACCGGGAGAAGACAAAUGGUGA